AUGUCGAAGAGAGGACGUGGUGGCUCGUCCGGAGCCAAGUUCCGCAUCUCCCUCGCCCUGCCAGUCGGAGCCGUAAUGAACUGCGCAGAUAACACCGGAGCCAAGAACCUCUUCGUCAUCGCCGUCUAUGGCAUCCGUGGUCGCCUCAACAGACUACCCAGCGCCGCCGUCGGAGACAUGUUUGUGUGCUCCGUGAAGAAGGGAAAGCCCGAGUUGAGGAAGAAAGUUCUGCAAGGAGUCGUCAUCAGGCAGCGCAAAUCGUUCCGGAGGAAGGAUGGCACAGUGAUCUACUUUGAAGACAACGCCGGCGUCAUCGUCAAUAACAAGGGAGAAAUGAAGGGAUCCGCCAUCACUGGACCAGUGGCCAAGGAAUGCGCCGACUUGUGGCCCCGUAUCGCCGCCAAUGCAGGAUCUAUCGCC